GCGGAGCCAGGAAGCGGAAGUUGAUGUCGCGUGACACGCCGUGUUCCGCGUGUGGUGACAGCCGGUAGUGCCGGGGGGGGAACGGGAGGAACCGGAGGCACCGGGAACCGGGGGGGUGUCCAGGAAACGGCGCUGGGGACGCAACGGGGGCGGGGGCUGUGCCCGCAGGAUGCCCCUGCCCUCCUGGAAGUCGCUGUUCACCGGGCGGCUGCUGCUGCUCACCAACACCGUGAGCUGCGGGGGCCUCCUGGCAGCCGGGGACUGCCUGCAGCAGGAGUGGCACCGCCGCAAGCACCCUGAGAGCCAGCUCCAACUGGGGCGCACUGGGCGGAUGUUUGCCGUGGGCUGCAGCCUGGGGCCGCUGAUGCAUUUCUGGUACCUGUGGCUGGACUCGGCGCUGCCGGCGCGCGGCGUGCGCUCCCUCAGGACCGUGCUCAAGAAGGUCCUGGUGGAUCAGCUGGUGGCAUCGCCCGCCUUGGGAGCCUGGUACUUCCUGGCCAUCGGCACCCUGGAGGACCAAUCCCUCCAGGAGAGCUGGCACGAGCUGAAGGAGAAAUUCUGGGAAUUCUACAAGGCUGACUGGAGCGUGUGGCCGGCGGCGCAGAUCCUCAAUUUCCUCUUCGUUCCCCCCGCCUACCGCGUGGCUUAUGUCAACGUGGUCACCCUGGGCUGGGACACCUACCUGUCCUACCUCAAGCACCGGCCCCGCGGCGCCGAGCGGGACCCGCCGCGGCAGAGCCAGCGCAGCGCCGGGGCGUAGAGAGGAGCACGAAGCCCUUCCCGAGGCUCCCGCCUGCACCAGGAGCGUUUCUGGGCGUUGUGGAUGGCCCCAGGCGAGGGAGAGGAUGGCCACAGCCAGCCCCUCUCCACGUGCCUGCUGCUCAUUAACUCCUCUGCUAAUUACAGCCAUGGUUUGGGGUGGUUACAACCUCUCUCAGGGUGACCUGUAAAGUGAUUUCUUCUGGGUGAGGAGGAGCUGCUGCAGCCCUUGGGAAGGGUCCUGGCUGGGUUUGUUCCCUCUCCAGAGCCAACCAGCCCUGGCUGCUCCUCCAGCACCUUCCAGCCCGCCCGGAUCCCCACUGGGUAGAAAUUAGGAAGGAAUUCUUCCUAGUGAGAGCGGGGAGGCCGUGAAAUGGAAUUCCCAGAGCAGCUGUGGAUCCCUAGAGGUGUCCAAAGCCAGGCUGGAGCAGCCGGGAAUGGCAGAAGGUGGCAGGGGUGGGAUUUCAGGUCAUUCCAACCCAACCCCGCUCCGUGAUUCGCUCCAGCUCCUCGCUCCUUCCCCUCCUGCUUUCUCUCUUCAGCUCAAGGAUAAAACCCCUCCGCUCCCCCCUCGCUGCCUCAGCUCCGGGCGGGGGCUGCAGCCACCUGCAUCCUCUAUAAAUAGGGCUGUGAUUGCACCCGCGGCUCUGCGGCGCUCGGGAGGCGGAGGGGGAGGCUUGGAGCCGAAUUUUGGUGGAGUUUGGGGCCAUCCCAUCCCUCUGCUCCCAGCCCUGGGCAGGCUGGAUGCUCCCUGCAUCACCCAAGAGCUGAUUUCUUUCUUGUGUCAAUGAAAAGUGCCUGAAUGGGAUUUCUUUUUCCCUGAUUUUUGAAGCUGUGCUUUAAUGCCCUGCCCUGGUCCCUCUGCUCCUCCCUCAGCAGGAGCCAUUUGGGAGAUGGUAAUUAAAAAAAAAAAAAUUCAGAUUAAUUUUGCUCCUCUCCGGCAACUCAGGGACCCCGAGGAACUUCUGAUCAGCAUCGGUUUAUUUCUUCACAACAUUUCUUUUAAUACAGUGAUUUUUAGGAAAUUGUACUCUUUUUUUUUUUUGACACUUUUGACAUUUGUACAGUACAGUGUAACUCUUCCAUAAGUAAACUUCACAAAAAAGAGGAGGAAAGGAAGGGGGAAGGAGAUGGAAUCAUGGUGUGGAGGGGAAACAGAGGGAAAUCUGUAAAAUAAAGACACAGCGCUCCAGGAAAAAUAAAUAAAGGGCAGCUCUGUCAUGGCUA